GGAAAUGAUUAAGCAAUUGGCUUUCAUUAGAAACUGUCGUUGGGCAAUUCGGUUUGAAUUCAAACAUCGUGCCGCGAAGUCGCGGGACUUCGUUCAGAGUCAGCGCGGUUUUAGCCGCUUCUAAGAACUAGUGAUCUGGUACUAAAGUUCGUCCUGUUACUCACUGGAGGUAUUUCACUCACUCGCUAGUGUGCAUUACUCCGGCCGGCUUUUAAGUGCAUUGCCAUCCGAGUCUUCAUUGAUUUUUGACACAACCAAGAACAACAAACCCAAUUUUCAAGUGACCGAUAUUAUGGCUGGUACGAAGGGCAAUUAAGUGGUGAAUUCUCCACCUUCUCUCAUUCGUGGACCUUUGGUAUCCACAUGCUAAAAUUGCGACUCGUUUCUACACAUUUUCUAAAGCAGCCAUAAAUCUGCAAUGUGUCGCGAUAGGGAUAUGAACCUGUGAAUUUAGCAAUAUAAUAGCUCUUGGUUGUACAAGUGCGUUUAUUUUAUACAAAAACAAUAAAUUAAUAAUCAGUAUUAAUUAACAAGCAUCUUUCAUCUGCGUUUCACAUACACUCAUUUUUCUCUCAUUGCAAAUUCCUUCGUCAUUGAGCGGCGAUUCCAAAGAUUGUGCUCGCUGCUAAGGCGGUGUAAUUGUAGUCGUAUGGUAGAUCCAGACGUUAUGAAAGGUCCACACACAUUAGAAGAUACUAAGAGGACAUCCAAUGACAGAGAGAGCAAGUUUGCUAGAGUUAAACGGAUGUUAACAUGCCAGUCCAAAUUGCCAAGCACCUACGAUGAAGCUAGGGCAUCUGUUAAGGCCCGUAAAAGAAAAGAGCGUCAAGAGAGUAUAGGCUCCAUUUCCCAGGAGCGAAAAGUCAUCAGAUCGAAUUCGGAAGAACGUCCAAUCACCACCAAAAACGAUAUAAGACGCGUAUCCAGCAAUGAGGACUUCCAGAAAUCACCGUCAACCCAAAAUAAUAACGAUGGCGUUGCAACCCCUGCGGUUCAAGAUGGUCCAAUUAAAAUAAGUUCACAUCGCGAAAUCGACGAUGGGGAAUUCGAGAAGCGUCGUUCGCAUGAGCGCUUCUCCAGACCACUGCUACCGCGAGGAGGCAGAUACAAUCAAACCCGCAAACCAAAAACAAAGCAUUUUCCUAAAGCAUCAGUCAAAGAUAAAGCUCUACCCAAAAAGGUGAAGCCUGCAGAGGAAUCGCAACCAAUAGAAGCGGAUACAGACACGUGCAACUUUCUGCAGUUGGUGCCGGUUGAAAAGGAACGAUCUCCGAGUCCCGUCCACACUCCGGUUUCUCCAGCAUUAGACAUUACCACUCUCCACCAGCAAAUUGACUGCUGCGAUCCUAUUCCAUCGUACACGAACCGGGAUGUUACAGAAAUCAAUGAAAUUGCCCCAAGCCUCUCCGUUGUUCCUAACCGUCUUUUAUCAUCGCCUAGAAACUCAGUAAUCAUAACGCAGCGCAUCUACUUGAAUCCUGACGUGCCGCAGCACACCUUGAAAGAUCCCAAGAAUCCUGUAGAACAGCGUUUAAAACAGCUUGCCAAGCAAAUCAAUAGUUUAAAGAAGAAAAUUAAGAAGUAUGACGAGGAAUUCGAAGUGAAAUAUGGAUAUAAACCUUCGCACGCGGAUAAAUUAAACGAGAAAUCAAUUAAGAAGUUGUGUACUGAAUUGUCGAAGCUUAAAAAGGAGCAGAAACAGCUUCAAGAAGAUGCCACGUCUUUGCUUACCGUUCCGAUAAACAAUGUAGAUGAUAAUAAACCUACUGCUUUACUUAAGGAUACGAUAUUGGAAAUUGAAAAGAAAUUGGAAACGAAAAGAAUUGGAUCUGAGCGAAGCUUAGAUAUCGAGGAGUUGUCCAAUGAACAAUUAGUUGAAGAAAAAAUUGCAGUUCAAAAGAGUCUCCUUUAUUUAGAAUCAGUACACGGUAGACCUACAAAUAAAGAAGAUAAAGAUUUAGCACGGCCCCUCUACGACAGAUACAGAAGUCUAAAAAGGAUGGUCGCGAGAUUGACAAUGGCUAACAAUAUUAUUGAGUUAGCAACAAUCCACGAGCAUGAAACGAUGGAUUUCGUGUCUUUGCCAACGCAAACGGUGGAGACGGAAUCCGAAAAAUUGACAUUAACAGGAAGCACCACUGACAGUGAUACAGACACAUCUAUUGGUGAGAAUUUGCAUGCUAUGAGCUUAGAGGAACUCACAAUGCAGCAGAGAAUGACAAAUGAAGAAAAGAAACAGCUGCGGCGAUCUCUGAAGGAAUUUGAAGCGAAUUUUGAGAGCACGACUGGAAGGAAAUUGCAAAAGGAAGAUCGUAGUCCAAUGGAGACCGUCUAUAUAUCGUACAAGAAAGCCAAAGCCAAAUUGAGACUCUUAGAUGCAUUAGUUGGUAAACAGAUCCAGGCCCGUUGAUCACAUUUUCGUUUAACUAAGUGUAUUCAUAUCAUAUUUUGCAUGAAAGCAAAUGGGAUUUUUGUUUUUAUUAUUAUUAUUUUUUUAUGGAAUAGACCAAAAGUCAAAAAUGUUGAUACAAAAGUAUUAUAAUAUAUUAAUAAUUGUAUUUCA